AUGUCCCGGUACUACACCGAGAUAGUAUCCGGUACCGGGAUCCCUCCACGAAGAAAGCCUUUUGCUUUGCUCGAUGAGUCCGGUAUCACAAUCAACGGACUCGUGAGAACGGUGACCGGCGCUCAAGCUGCGAAGCAGGUCCGGAAGUCGUACGCCGCUCCCAAACGGGUCGACUUCGUAUCCAUAAAUCUUUGUCGUCGCGACCACCUUGUCAAGAGGUCGUCCAUCGGGAACAGUGGUCUAGACCCAGUCGAGGAGUCAUACAUCGCCGGCGUCCUGGCCGUUACCUGCCGUUUACUUUCAUCAGAGCGGCAAGGACCGUCCAGCAUAUUCGUCACCUCCGGGUCCGACGGCGACUUAUCCUUCGGAUACGUAACCUUUACAGCGCGCAAUCCACCAUUCGACGAUCAAGGCGUCCCGUCGAGGUGUCAAUACUCUCUUGUCACAAUGACAUCGUACAGGCGCGAUUGGUCUGCCGCAUGCCGCAUGAUCACUGCAUGUAUGACCUUCGUGCUUCAUGACGUUCAUGUCACUCUGGAUGGAAGACCGGCGAAGUACACGUAUUCUGCCGAGAUCCUUCUAGGUCGAGUUCUCGCUGACGCGCGCCGAGUGUCACUUUUCUAA